UAUAAAACAUGGCGGUUUGGCGCGAACAUAAACUUCGUCUUUGUUCUCAUCUCUAUUUUGAAUCGUUUUGCCAUAAAUACAAAUUCCUGUAGGUGAAAUCUUUCAAUGGAUUAUUUGAUCAUGAAGACCUGGUGCUCAAGAUUGUAAGGGAUAAUGGAUUUGAACUUCUCGCAGGAUUCUUUUGCGUUCAGCGACAUCGCACCCCCUUCUCAUGUUAGCGGCCUCGAAUCAUUCUCAGAUUUUGACGCAAGUGAGUUUAGCGAAGCUUCUUUCGCUGAAAUUGAGGCCAAUGAGGGUGUUGAGGGUAACAACGAAACCCGUUUAAACGGGGUAGAUGGAAUUCAAGCCGAUGGCUCUUUAGAGAAAGGUAAAGAGUCAAGGUCAUCUUUGGGACUGCAGGGACUAAAUUCCAACAACAUCAAUGAAUUCUUUGAGGCCAUCCAAAAUGCAGAGUCACUAGGAAUUGUGGCAUCCAGUGAGAGUGGCAGAAGCUUAGUUGGUGAUGAUAGCUCACUUGGCAUUUUACAGUUAGAUGGAUUACCAGACUUUGGCGACAAUCUUCAGAGUCCUCCUAUGGUAGAGCAACCUUCUCUGCCAUUAGAAAGAACUUUAGUUGGUGACGAGGAGGAGGAGGAAGAAGAUGAAAUAGUUAUCAAUCACCAUGACACUGCUAGCAAUUUACAUGGAGAGGACAUCCCUUUCUCCAGUGAGCUCAGUAUUACUGGAAAUCUGACUCCACUCAUCAACAGGAACACAGUUGUCCAACUAGAAGAAGAAAGACCAGAUACUGGUCAGGAUCCUGAUACCUUUUUCAGUUCUCACAGUAGAGAAGUUAAUAAUGAUGCCAGUGAACCUGUUAAUGGAGAACCUUUGCAGUACAGUUAUGGUCGAGAGGAGCUGGACAUGAUGUUACAAAGGAGAUCUGGCAGUGGUGAUGGUGGGGAGUUGAUUGAUAGGGUGUCCUUGACAUCCAGUAUCAGCUUUAUACAGUCACAGAGUUUUCCUGACAGUAUUUUUAGCCAGAGUUUUAGCAGUAGCAGAGGGCAUGGAAGUGGAAUGGAUUCCAGAUCUGAAAGUGAUGGCCAUGAGGACAAUGAUGAGAAUGCAAUGCCUUUGUUGCACGGUGCGGGGGAUGGCAGUAACGGUAGUGCUGGACGCCCUGGCCUUGAAGGUGCUAACUCAGAUGUUGAGGAUUUGCCAACUCAAGGUGGUCUUCCUUUGGAUUUGAGCUCAAGGCUGGAAACCCAGGGGAUAGAGUUACGUCAAUCAGCUGAGGGUGUUGAUGUUCUCCCUGACAUACUGGGAGAUGGAGGAGGAGGAGGUGAUGGCAGCAGUGGUAACAACAGUGAUGCAGAUGAUGGAGGUCCAGCAGGAGCUGCAUAUGCCUCUUCCAGUGCUAGUGCAUUGCCAUCCUCAACAUUCCCUCCAACUAUCACAUCAUUUGGAUUCAUCAACCCGCCCACUGGAGGUGAUGCCCUGGGAAGUUCAGCUGUGCCUGUCAGUGAUGGGUUGGCAGCAGGGCGGGGCUGUCCUGUAGGUGAUUCUGUUGCAGACAGGUCACCUGUCUUGGUAUCUAGUCCUCCACAGCAGCUGAAUGACCCUAGGGACUCAAUAAGUAUGCCACAUCCUUUGCAUUUCCAAGCUUCAUCCACUCCCAUGGUUAGAGAGGCUGGACAACAAGAAUAUAACAACACAGGUGUUCACAAUGAAACAUCAGCUCUUGAGUCUUGCUACCUAAUGGGACGCAAUCCUUCUACACCUUACCCUGCUUGGGCUGAUGAUAGCUCUUUUCACACGUCACAGGUUAGUCUUGGAAUUAAGACACUGAUUCCAAAUGAAAUGGCAGUUGGAGCCAAGCAUGCACAACUUUCACAUCAGAGAUCAGGGAGCUGGCAUGUUGAACAAUCAGCAUUAUCUGCUCCUUCAUCAAAUCGCAGUUCUAACUUUUCACUCAAGUUCAGCAACAGUGCAUUCAUGGAUGGGAAUUCAACCAUUGACAGUUCACAGCUGUGGAAGUCAACACCACGAGAUGAAGAAGAAGCAGCUAUGAGGUCCACACCAGGAGUUGUGUUCCAAGGACAUCAACGACCAUCCACGGUUAUGGGAAAGCUAGUUGAGAAUAAUCAGCAAGACUCUGGUAGAUUAGAACAGUCAAGUGAUGGGGAUCAGUCUACAAUGCUUGCUUCAGGUCUUCAAACUUGGAAAGCAGGAGAUUCCCAAGUGCUGACAGAGUUAAGAAGUGGUCGGGAUGUCGCUGAUUUACCACUUGAAAAAACCCUGACACCUGGUGGAGUUGCAGAAGAAUUCACCACACAAGCAGCCUCACCAUGGGAUGUGGACAGAUUGUCAUCAUUUCCAUGGCCUGCGGGUGCAGAUGACAUGCAAGACUCUGUACUUGGACAAAAUUCAUUUGGCACUGGAGACUCUGGGGAUCAACAGCCUUGGACGUUUGGUAAUGCUGCUGCAUUUGAAGAAAAUCCUUUCAGUGGUGAAAGCAAAAAUGACAUUUCUUGGAUGACGUUUGAGACGCAAGGAGAUGCUGCAGCAAUUAUUGCAGCUGAUGAAGAGAGUUUCAACAGGGAACAUGAACUUGAGAUUCCAUCUCAGGUUCAAAGUAAUGACACCACCAAGCUACAUGACUGGACAAUUCCAGACAGUCAGUAUAUUACCAGACCUUCUCUUCUCAAGGUGGUCGGUGUCAAUGAUCCUAGUGACAUUGGUGAGGUGCGCAUAUCAUUUGGUGCAUUUCUCGCAGCAGGAUCAGGAGAACUUGGUUCUUUGUCGCGGACCAGUCCUGACAGACCCAGGCCUCAUUUUGGAGAUGACAAACCUAUAUUGACACCUUCCCCACAAGCUCCAGUGAGAAUGAUCAGUAAUCCAACUACACCAUUGGAUCCAGUUAUGCAAGAAAAUUCACCAGAUUGCUUUUUAAAUAGGACAUCUGCAGAUGGAGGUAUUAAAGAUGUAAUGCAACAGCAAUCCAAGAGCUCUGGUGAGGUUGCUCAAAGAUCGCAGACACAGGAACAACCAAAAAGAAUGGAACGAUCAGGAGAGUCAAGGAGUAUAGAUGUAUCAUCAACUCAUGCACCUGGCACAGUUCCUACAGACGUGUUAUCCUUUGAAAUGGAGAAGUUGAAACUUGAUGAGCAGUUUAAAACAGAUGCUCCAGUGAAAAGCAGAAGUAGAAGUACAAGCCAGACCAGCUCACAGAGUAGUAGCAGUAAGGGAAGCAUUAAGAGUGUCAUAAAGAAAACUGAUAGCCAAAGUGCACAGUCCAGUAGGAAUGUUAAUGGUGGAAAGGGUUCUAAACCUAAAGAAAGAAAACACUCUCACAGACAGGAGAAAAAGGAACGUCAAAAUACGAGAAAGCCUCUUGAUGUGUCAUCAGGAUUGGAAUUCAAAACUGAUCAGGAACUUGAAGGGCUUUACAUCCAUCCCAGUAGAACAAGUUUUCUAAGGAGUUCAUCUCUUGGAGAUGCUACUUCUGCUGAGAGGAUGACACAGUUUAUUGCCAAAGCCAUCAAUGAAGAUCCAGAAGAACUAAGAAAGAAACUGACAGCGGUAGAAAAGCAAAAAGCCAAAGUCAAGUUAAAAAAGAAACAGUUACCAUCUUCUGAAGUGAAAGCAGCAUCCCCUAAUGCUAGAACCUCUGACUUUAAUCCUUUGGCAUCCAGCAGUCCACAGACUAAGUCCUCGCCAGAAAAAAUGGUGUAUUCACCAAGACGUAUUCAAGUGAUUGAACAAAAUAACAGUCAGAUCUCUCCUGAAAAACUUUCAAGCUACACAGUGGAAGAUAGUGUUUUUGUAUCACAGGAUUCACCAUCAAUGGUCCCAUUGAGUCUUAAAGAACUUGAUUCCAAAGAUUUUCCCUUAGAACGAGAAUCGAUGACUUCUUCUGAAACUGGCAUUUUUAAACACAUAAUUCCCCAGUUUGGAGAAACAUACACAGUACACAAAGCUAAGAAGGAAGCUGAACAACAACAAACUGUUCCUGUAAUUGAUCCCAGGAAGAAUAGGACACAUGAGAUUGAACAAAGACUGGAUCGUUCACUUCCUCAGAGCAUAGACCCAUUUGUUGUUCAUGAUGGAAAUUUCCCACAUUCUCCCAUGUCUACAGGACAAUUUCAUACCCUAACCCAAGAAAUGAACACUGUGCAAUCUGAUUCUUCUCCACGUACACAAAGACUUGACACGUCUGAUAGUGCAGUUGGAAGCAUGACCACUGUGCUGUCACAAGAUAUGUCAAACAGCAGGCAUUCAUGGCCAGAGGCUACUCCCAGCGAUCAACACAAGCAGAUGGAGUUCCACCGGGGUGAUCAUGCCAGAGACAACAAAAGCCAACCAGGCACUCCUACUACAGUGGAAGGUCCUAUGGGCCAUACAGCUCUGGCAGGUGAUUUAAGGGUAGCUGUUCAAACAGGGAAUUUAAUGCAUGAACAGCAAACAACACCCUUGGUGAACCAACAUUAUCCACCAGUGGGGCUCCCUCUAAGUAUUGCACAAGGUAUUGUACCACUUGGCAAUCCAGGCACUGUAUCACAACUGUAUCCACCCGAUGGCUCCUCUGGGUUACCUGGUAUGAUUGGGCCUAUUCUAACUGGGCAUGGUUUAAAUGUUCAGACACAUGGCACAUUAUCAUAUACAGCACCCACAGCAUAUGGUUCAAGGAUGGUUCCUCUGGGCUCAGCCAUGUAUCCAGGUCAAGGACAUGGCACAAUGAAUACCUUCUAUGGCCAUGUUCCAUUUGUUCAGACUGUUUCAGCAUCAAUGGGACCAAAACCAUCAAGUUUAACACCAACCUAUGUCCAGUCCCUUAAUGUCAAUAUUCCUCAGAACAACUCACAUCAGCAAGUCCCUUUGCAUCUUCAAGCCAAUGGCUCGAGUAUGUCAGGAUUUCCAACUUCAUUUACACAGCCAAGAGCUCCUGAGUCUAUGCCUUUCCAUCAACAUCCAUCGCAACAGAUAAGAAAUGGACUUCUGCAAGUUAGACCUGAUUUUUCCCAGGAAGUGGCAUUGCCAUCACCAACACAAGUGAUUAUACCUGGAGAGAUCAAGCUACCUCCAUUUUGCUGUGUGGGGGUUCUAACAGAAACUGUCAUCCCAUUACAUAACAGUAGCAGUCGAUGGAUGCAUUGCGAAAUACACUCAAUAUUAUGUACUGUUAAUGGUGUUCAGGUUCCCAGUAGUGCAUGUGCAUUCUCUCAUCAACCAAAAGUGAUCAUAGCACCACAUACUACAGAAAACGUCAAGAUAAGCAUUGAGCCUAAUGAAGCUGGUACAUUCACUGCGCAGCUACAGGUCUAUUCAGUCCCAGUGGUUUGCGAAGUGCAACCAAUGACGCAUAGUUUGGGACCAGUAUUAGCUUUAAAUGUUGUAGCAGAAGAACCUAAAGUAGAGGUUGUUCUUGAGGAUGAUAAUACCAUACACUUUGGCGAGGUUUCCUGUGGGGCUAAGCAAUGUCGACCAAUCCAUCUGAUAAACAGAGGGAGAGCUCAAGUACCCAUCAGAAUCAUUUUAUCUGCAAAUAGCAGCUCACUGCACUGUUUUGCUUUUGCGGAUGCUGACUUUUCACCCAAGACUGAUGUCGUGAGAGGUGCUGCCCCUGCUGGGACUAAAGGAGCUGCAUUAACUAUCCACACCUUGUCUCUUAAAGGACGGAAGGAUUUGACUUCCAUAGUUGAACCAACUGUUGUGUGGUUACUAUUUCAGUCUCAAAAGAUUGGGCUUAACAGUACCUCAUCAGCUGGACCACCAGAAGAGUACACUGCACGUCUUGAUGUUGAGAUUGACAGUGCUCGACAAGGCCCUACUAUCAGCAGUAUGGCUCUUAAGGCCCUUGAAGGUAUUGUGAGGCUGCACACUCCUCAUAAGCUACAGGUUAGUUUCUGUAAGUUCAGGUGUUGCUUCAUUUCAAGCUACACUGCGCUCAGUACACAAAUCAAGUUUGUUUUGUUGUAUCAACAGAAGGCACUUCCAGUCCAUGUUAGUUUUUCGCCUUCGUCCAUGGGCCUUAUCUCUAGUUCUCUGGUCAUCAAGUCCCUAACAGGAAACACAAAGUCUAUGACAGGCCCCUGGCAGCCCCUUUCAGAAAGUAUGGAAAGUAGUCUUUUAGCAGGAAUUGACUUUACCACAACUUUCCAAGAUGAAGAUAAACUGGUAGAAGAUGUGAAAUACCCCAAGGUUGCCAGUUGGGACAGUUUAUUCCAGAGCAGUGUAUCACGGGUUCUGUUGACUCUAGUUGGCUCACCACCAGGUCCAAGUGAUCCUAACAGAUCAGUGGACAUUGUACCAGUCUCAGAUAAAGUCUCUGAUAAACAGUCAGUAAAACCUCCACAAAUAAGUCCUAUUCCUAAUGGUAGUACUACAUUGAGUACUCCUAACCCCCACUACCUCUUUUCUCUGGAUAGGAGUCAAGGCAGGGUGCUAGUAAGUGCCAAGCCUAAUCCUAGUGGGUCUUUCACUCAGCUUCCUUGGGGAGGUACAAUCUACUUAAAGUGUGAUGGGAGACAACAGUCCAUCAGAGUACAAAUAAGAGAAGAGCAAGUUCUGGAGAGUUCUCCGUACCAGUCUAGUGCAUUGAGCUUUCAGUCCAUACCUACCACCAUGGGUGGAAGCACUCCACUUCCCACAAAUCACUUACCUCCCUUGAGAAUCAAAAACAAUGACAUUGUGUUUGAAAAGACAUUGAUUGGGACCGUGACAACAUCGGAGAUAUCACUAACCAACACUGCUUCAGCUGACUUGACCUGGAACUUGUCUUCUGUAGCACCAGCGUAUGUCAAGGUAGAUGAUUCUGGAAACAUUUGCCGCACAACUUACCUGGCUUUCAGUGUUGCAAAGCGUGGAGGGACAACUGAAGCUGGAAGGACAAUGCAGAUUGUAGUGAAGUUUCAACCGCGGGAUGUCGGUGAAUAUGAACAAUCUUGGGACCUCAUGACCACAUCCAGUUCGAGUAAAUCCAAGCAGAAGAUCUUUCUCCAUGGCCAGGCAGUAGAUAGAAUUGGUGAGUCUGAACAAAAAGCUGAAGAUGCCAACUCAUUCCCACCAUCGAAAUCAAAAAAAGUUACCAUCAAAGAGCCAUUGAGAAGAGAAAUACUGCCUCAUGCAGUAGAUAGAAUUGGUGAGUCUGAACAAAAAGCUGAAGAUGCCAACUCAUUCCCACCAUUGAAAUCAAAAAAAGUUACCAUCAAAGAGCCAUUGAGUAAUGACGUGUGGAAGGCAGUAGAUAGAAUUGGUGAGUCUGAACAAAAAGCUGAAGAUGCCAACUCAUUCCCACCAUCGAAAUCAAAAAAAGUUACCAUCAAAGAGCCAUUGAGAUCAACUAAGAGUCAGAAGAAAGGACUGUAUGUCACAGAGAAUAUACUUCACUUUCCUGUUACAGCACCAGGGACAACUAGUGUAGCAAAACUACAGAUCAGUAAUUAUAGCCUGGGAGAGACUCCAUAUUCGGUGAGCAGAUACUGCAUUGUUCCCUUCAAUCAUUUUCUAUAUGGUCCUAUAUCUCUUGUAUGUGCUUCAUAUGACUUUUCCUCUCCUCCAUUUAGGCCCAAUAGGUAUGUUCGAUUUCCGGUGAAUUUCUCACCCACCGAGGCAGGAAAAUCUUUUGAGGCAUCGUUGGUAAUUACUGCUGAUCCUGACAUCAUUCUCACUGUACAGCUUCAAGGGUCAAGUGCUGAGUGAUUUGACCUCUACAGGGAUGGCUAAUAAUUUAUUAUUACAUAAUUUAAAAAUGAAAUGGUAUAUUAAAUUAUUAACAGAGAUAUUGAUAACUACAGGAGAACAUAAAGAAUUAUAAACAAGAAUACAAUCAGUCAUGUAGGUUGAGAUAUUUCAUCAAAAACAACAGCUGCAUUUAGCAAGUGGAAUGACGUAUAUUUUUCAAAGCAUUGGAACACAAAGCGUAACUCGUUCUUGGUAAAUGUUUCAACAGUAGAGAGCAUUUUUCUAUUUGAAUCAGAUUUCUAGUUGGGAUGUUCUGUAGAGUGAACUAAAACAAUAAUUGAUGCAAAUAAAAGUAAUCAAGGUCUAAUUUACCAGCAUUCCUUGUCUUUGUGUACAGAGUAAAGCAGCUGGGUGAUGAGAAAAUAAACUUCUAUUACUAAUUAUUGUCAUAAUAUACCAUGAAAUUCUCGGAACUAGCUAGAAAAGAAUUUCUGCAAACUGUAUGGAGAAUCAACAGAUGAAUUGAUAUCUUGUUUGGGAGACUGAAAUGGUCAAGGUACAUUAAUAUUGUACAGGUAUGAGAAAAAGACUGAGAUAUUUCUCCACGCAGUAUUCAUUCUGGACAUAGCUAUGCAAUUUGGACCAUUCAUCAUUUAAAUAGAACAUUUCACUCUGUUGACAACAAUAAAAAUUGUUUCCAGUUGAAAGCUUAAGCCUGGCUUCACAUUAAUUUUUUUUCUAGCAGGGAAAUUAUUUAGAUUAUGCAUACUGAUGUGAGCAAUGUAAUACUAGAGUUACCAGUAUAAACAAAUGAAAGUUGGUAUUCCUAUUUGGAAGGAAAGACAUGAUGGUAUUCAAACAAUGCUUUGUAUAAACCAAGCAGGAGUUAAAUUAAGACGAUAUAGAGAGCAUGUAUUAAAUUAUUAUAUAUUUAUUUAUUUUACCAUGUGCGAUAUGUAACCUUUGUAGUGUGAAUAAAGCACAAUGGAGUGAUAGGAUUUCAAAUUCAGAACUGACUAUUCCGUCACAUCAGUACUGGGGGAGGGGGUACAGGGGUACUCUGUGAAGUUUUAUACAGGGCGGCUCUGCCCCUAGGCCCAAACCUUUAUCCUUUUACCCUUUUGGCAGAAAAGGUAACCCUUUCGUAUACCUUCCAUACGAAAUGGUACCUCUUUUUCACAUACCUACAGUACACUUUUACCAACCCUGAACACGUCCUGCAUAAACACCAAGUUUUGAAUAUAUGAACUGCUGUAUUUCUGUGUUUUUGUCCCUAGUGAAAACCAGGCCUUAAAACUAUUGUUUUGUUAUCCCAUACUAGCAAUGACUCCAUAGAAAUACAACUUAAAUGUAAUGACACAGAAAUGGAAUAAAAAGCGUUUAUUUACAAAUCUUA